AUGCUCUUGCUGAUGAUUUUGACCCUAAUCCCCUUCAUUCUCCUGCUUUUCCCUCGCCUUUCGGACAACGCCCUGGACAUUGCACCCCCACUGAAGGCAGACCCAUACCAUCUGUGGAAUCCUCUUGGCCUGGUGCAAGAAGGCGCAAACGCAGAUCUGGUCCAAAUCCAUAUUCUCAUGACGCUGCAGCAGCACUCGGUGGUGCUGCUUUCUUCCCUGGCGCAGCUGGCUUUCAACAACCUGUCCAAUACCAUCUGUACGCUCCUAUCGGUCCUCACAACCAGAACACUCUGGGGUAUCAACGCAAUGUCCAUGAUUUGUUCCUCCCUAAUGACUUUCGCGAGGAGCUGCAGAAGAAAGCGGCAGCCACGCUGCAAACACUGCCCAAAGGCGAUUCGAUCCGUCCAGGCUUGGAAGCGGGUGUGCAAUGGUAGUGUGGUGACAGUUCACGAUGCUUUCACCAGUAGAAGUUUUCAGGACAGCUCGCUGAUCUUCGUUACCGACUACCAUCCUCUUUCAAAAACGCUCGCUGAACAGCACCUUGGCGCUGGGCAGCAAAGGUUUCAAGGUCGUCAUAAUGUGCAGCACAUUCCCGAGCAGAUUCUGUGGGGCUAUAUGACCCAGAUUGCCAACGCAUUGAAGGCCAUCCACAGCAAUGGUCUUGCUGCUAGAGUCAUUGACGCAAGCAAAAUUUUACUGACUGGCAAGAAUCGCAUUCGACUCAACGCCUGUGCUAUCAUGGAUGUGGUCCAGUUCGAUAGCCAGCGUACAGUUGCCGAUCUUCAGCGUCAGGAUCUGGUCAAUUUCGGACAACUCAUCGUCACGUUGGGUGCCAACUCGCCGACGGUCAUGCACAACCCUACGAAAGCUAUGGAGCACUUUACACGUGCCUACAGUCCGCAGUUGAAGAACUCGGUAUUUUGGUUACUUAACGGCAUGCAGAAAGAUCAGGAUCGGAAUAUUGAUGUUUUCAUCACUGGUAUAUCUUCGCAGCUCAUGUCAACUUUUGACUCGGCACUCCACUUGGAUGAUCAACUUACAUCGGACCUGAGCCGAGAACUGGAAAACGGCCGUCUUGUGCGACUGAUGGCGAAGCUGAACUUCGUGAACGAACGGCCGGAAUACGAACAUGACAGACAAUGGUCCGAGAAUGGAGAACGUUACUUCUUGAAAAUUUUCCGCGAUUAUGUCUUCCAUCAGGUGGAUGCGCAGGGCGACCCCGUCGUCGAUCUUGGCCACGUGAUCACAUGCUUGAACAAGCUGGAUGCGGGAACAGAAGAAAAGAUAACGCUAAUCAGUCGAGAUGAGCAGAGCUGCUUCAUUGUCAGCUACAAGGAGCUGAAAAAGGCGCUCGAAUCCUCAUUCCAGGCGUUGAUGAAGCCCGCAAGGAGAAUGCAUUGA